UUGUAAAUAAGUAAUUCUAUGUACAUGUCAGAAAAUAUGCCUGCAUACGUGUGCGCGCGUAUGUUUAGCGUGUAUGUAUAGUGGUCAUACAUAUGCUGCGCUAGCAAUACAUACGCAGCUAGCCCCACGUGAUUUAGUGCGAUAAAUCAACAAUGACACACAGAAAUGUCUGAACUGUUCAAAGGUAUUAAUUCAAUUUGGUUUCGAUUAUUCGACCAUCGGGGCUUUCUCAACGGUGAAAUACAGUAUCUACUCCGCGAGUUAGAACAAAAACGAAGUGAUAAAGAGGUACAGGAACUCUUCACAAUCUUAGAAAACAUCACAAACAUCAGAGAUACACAAAUUAAUCAUGCUAAACAACUGAUUGACUCACUGUAUCCACCAGCACGAGUUGACUUGGGGCAAGCUCUGCAAACUGCAAAAGCCAUUGAGGAUAUUGAAGCUAAGUACAAAGAAAAUACUGCAUUGGUUGAUAGCAGACAAAAACGUCAAUUGGAAUGGGAGCAGUUUAUUGAAGGAAUCAGUGAUAAUUGCCUACAAAUUGACAAGAAAUUUGAGCUGGAGGAAGAGAAACUGAAAGAUUUCUACAAAGAUCUACAACAAAAGUUACAACUGGAUAAAUAA